AUGCCACCUAAAAGGAGGAAACUUUUGGGACGGCGCACGGCAGCUGUCUCCGCUGCUAGAGCAGCGAGGGCGAGUGAAACCCCUGAACAGACUUCUUUGCGUCUUUCACGGAUGGCCUCGAGCUCAGCUGCUCGCUUAUCCAUGGAAAGCACCGCUGCGCGGACUGAAAGGUUGGCUUCAGCGGCUUCAACUAUGUCCUCACGCCGCGCCAGGCUUUCAGUUGAAGAACGUUCACUUCAGAAUUCACAGGGCGCAGUCCGCGUGGCUAGGUUGAGGGCUUCACAGUCCCCAGCACAGAAAACCCUUCGUCGUUUGCGUGAUGCCAUCGUCAAAGCUUGCUCCAGGAGUUUAGAAAGCCCCGAACAAACAACUUCACGUCGUCAUAGGAAUACUAGGUCUACAGCCGCCUCUAGAGCUUUGGAACAACCUCAAGAAACCGCUCAUCAUCGCUUUAGAAAUGCCCUAUCCACCGCAUCUGCCAGAGCCUUAGAAAGCCCUGCACAGACCACUGUUCGUCGCAUUAUAAAUUCCCGCUUCACUGCAUCUGCUAGAGCCCUAGAAAGCCCUGCACAGACCACUGUUCGUCGCGUUAGAAAUGCCAGCUCUACUACAUCUGCCAGGGUUGCAGAAAACUCUGAAGUACGCCGUCAACGGCUCGAAAACAUUAGCUCAUUUCGAGCUUCUUUGAAUGGCGUAACUUCGCCGUCUGCAUCAUUUUGGUCAAAUGUCGCAUACAAUUAUGACUGCACUGUCAACUAUUCCGCUAGGAGAGACGUACAAAUAGGGGCCAUGGAUAAAGUUUGCACUUUUUGCAACGCAAAAAAGUGGGCCGGUGAGCAACCUGGGCUUUGUUGCUCUGGGGGCAAAAAUCAAACUCCUUCUUUAGACGAGCCUUCCCAGCCACUUAGGGACCUCCUUCUGGAUACAACUUCGGAGUCAACGCAUUUUCUUGAAGCAAUACGGAAGUAUAACUGUUGCUUCCAGGUGACGUCUUUUGGUGCGAAAGCUAUUAGUGAAGGGGGAUGGAUGCCUACUUUCAAAGUGCAAGGCCAGGUUUACCACUUAAUGGGAUCACUUUUGGCUGAUCAGGGAGAGCCACCUCAGUUCCUACAAAUUUACUUUCUUGCAGCCUACAACGAGCAGGUUGAUGCGCGUCUCGGCAUUCUUCCUAGCGAUAUUUCCAUCGGUCCCCGUAGAGACAUUCUGUUCCGUCUACAAGACAUGCUUCAUGAAACUAACAGUUACAUCCGAAGCUUAAAGUUUGCGUUGCAAAACAACUCUUUGCCCUCUUUCAGCGUUGUCAUCGAUGCAGACAGACGGCCUCACGGUGAGCAUGAGCGUCGCUUCAAUGCUCCUGUAUGUAAUGAAAUUGCCGCAGUCAUCCACGGUGAGGAGCAUAACAGCCGUGACAUUGUCAUAAAAUACCGGGGCGGUGGUCUGCGCCGCAUCAGUGAAACCCACCGUUCAUACGACUGUCUCCAGUACCCCCUUCUUUUUCCAUACGGAAGCGAUGGGUACCACUUCAAAAUCCAAAUAUACCAGGCAAGCAGCGAUUCCAUGUCGACCUCAAAGACGGUCUCCUGUAGGGCUUACUACUCCUACAUGUUUAUGGUUAGGGAGGGUGAAUUUAACCACUUGCACAGGUGCCCUCAACUAUUUCUUCAAUUCGCUGUUGACAUGGCUGUAAAAAUGGAGUCGGUGAGGUUAGGAUUCAUUAAGUUAAACCAAUCCAAACUUCGAACUGACUCCUACAUUCACCUUCGUGAUGGUCUGCGUUCUGAUGGUGACCCACGCAAUCUCGGCAAACUGUGCAUUUUGCCUUACUCUUACACUGGUGGCCCUCGAUAUAUGCAUGAAAGGACACAAGACGCAAUGAUCUAUGUCCGUCAUUGUGGGAGGCCUGAUUUGUUCAUCACGUUCACGUGCAAUCCGAAAUGGGUUGAUAUUACACGCGAACUUUUUCCAGGUCAGCAGUACUCACACCGCCCUGACCUAAUUGCCCGCGUUUUCCGGUUACAGCUGCGUAAGCUUAUGGAUUUGAUCCUUAAAGGGCAAGUCUUCGGACGCGCCAAGUGUCAUAUGUACACAGUGGAAUGGCAGAAACGCGGUUUGCCUCAUGCCCACAUCCUUCUGUGGCACAAUGAUAAGGUUGACGCAAACAAAAUAGACGAUUUUAUUUCUGCUGAAAUUCCGGAUCCUGCGCUGGAGCCUUUACUCCACGAAAUCAUUAAAAAAAAUAUGAUACACGGCCCUCGUGGUGCGAAUUACGAAAAAAGGUCAUGUUGGUCAAGCGGCCCCACUUGCGCAAAGGGUUACCCCCGUAAGUUUAUCUCAGAAACGCAGACUGCAACGGAUGGUUACCCACUGUACAGACGUAGAAGCCUCGCCACUGCCACUCGGUUAAGUCAAUAA